AUGGGCGCGUCAAAAGCCGCAGCCUCCACAGCCAACGCGAGAGCGAGAGCGAAACCAGACCCCCCCUUCGCGACACUCGCGCCACGCGUCAAGAACAUCUCGCAAGCCACGAUCCGCAAGAAAUGGAAACCGCUACCGGUGUCAUCGCAGGAGAAAGUCGGCCAGAUCCUCCUCGAUGUUAAAACGAAGCGAUGCGGCGCCGCGCGCAUCCCUGCCGUGACCAGCAAGAUGCAACCAAGGGGGAAGAAACGACCGAUCUCGAGGGCCCAGGUCAAGGAAGACGAAUACGAGAAGGCCGUGGAGGAAGUGGCUGACAAGCUUCUCUCCCGUCUCCCACGGAUGCCCUUCCCUCCCGCCAACGGUGGCAGAAGCAGCAAAUCCAACUCCAACUCCAACUCAAUCGCUGCCGAUGACUCGGCCUUCGACCUCUCCGCCACGCUGCACCGCAUCACCGCCCUCCAGGCCCAAUUGACCAUGAAUACACAAUCGGCGAAUCUGCUCCGGAUGCAGAUCAAGCGCGAACAAAGAGCCUUGCGCCGCGACCACGCCGAACUGGACGGGCUCGAGACCGCGCUGAAAAGCAGCCAGACCCUACGGCGGAAGAAAGAGAUGGGACUGCAUCCGCUGGCGAGGGCGCUGGGUCAGAAUCAAGACACGGUCUGGGCAGAGCAUGUCGAGAGGGCGAACUUGGCCGCUGGAAUCUCUGGUUCUCGUGGACCUACUGCUGCCGCGGUCGCUGCCCGUCAUGGCGCCGCGCUAUCAACUUCUCUAUCCGCGUUGUCGUCUUCCGAGCUUAUCCAUCGGUCUCGAGACCCUCCCGCGGAAGGCGAUCCCGACCUAGACCCGCUCCUCAAACAACUACGAAGUCAUCUGCUUAGCAUGCAGAACAACACAAGGAAUCUCAAUCCAGUGAUGGCAGCCAUGGACGAGGCGAGGACCACAUUGGACCGGUUUGCUAUUGGCACAUUCGACGACGAGGGCCUGAGGCGGCUGUGUGGCCUUUGA